UUAACGCAAACAGUUAUGGCGUUAACUGAAUCUUCGAAUCCAAACAGAGCCUUAACUGAUACUCGUUUCUCCGACCUCAAUCCGCCACUUUCCGAUGAAGUUAUUGACGUGUUAUCUAGUUCAGGCUUCGAAUUCUGCACUCCCGUGCAGGCGGCCACCAUACCUUUGCUAUGCAGCUACAAGGAUGUCGCAGUCGACGCCGCCACCGGUUCGGGUAAAACCCUAGCAUUUGUUGUUCCACUCGUCGAGAUACUCCGUCGCACGACUUCUGCUAAACCUCAGGAGGUCCUGGGAAUUAUCAUAUCUCCAACAAGAGAGUUAUCGUCACAAAUAUUCCAUGUCGCACAACCAUUUAUUUCAUCACUGCCAGAUAUUAAGCCAGUGCUCCUUGUGGGGGGAACCGAAGUUAAAGUAGACAUGAAGAAAAUAGAGGAUGAAGGAGCAAACUUGUUAAUAGGCACACCUGGUAGGCUACAUGACAUAAUGGAUCGCGUGGAUAUCUUGGAUUUUCGUAACCUUGAGAUUUUGAUUCUGGAUGAGGCUGAUAGACUACUGGAUAUGGGGUUUCAGAAGCAGAUAAAUUCGAUAAUAUCUCGCUUACCAAAGCUACGUAGAACUGGUCUCUUCUCAGCUACUCAAACCGAGGCUGUCGAAGAACUAUCAAAGGCGGGAUUAAGGAACCCUGUAAGAGUUGAAGUUCGUGCAGAGACAAAAUCAUUAGGAUGUUCUUCCUCAGGCCAUGUGGCCUCCUCAAAAACACCUUCAGGCCUUCAUAUUGAGUUUAUCACAUGUGAAGCCGACAAGAAAUCAUCACAGCUCGUGGAUUUCUUCAUUAAGAACAAGUCUAAGAAGAUAAUAGUCUACUUCAUGACUUGUGCUUGUGUGGAUUAUUGGGGGGUUGUACUUCCACGUCUUGCUGCCCUGAAGGGGUUGUCUUUAAUUUCUCUUCAUGGGAAGAUGAAGCAGACAGCAAGGGAGAAAGCCUUAGCGUCAUUUACAUCUCUUUCGGAUGGCAUUCUUCUGUGCACUGAUGUUGCAGCACGUGGACUUGACAUUCCAGGCGUUGAUUGCAUAGUGCAGUAUGACCCUCCUCAGGAUCCUAAUGUGUUCAUUCAUAGAGUUGGACGGACUGCAAGGUUGGGACGACGAGGAAGUGCCAUUGUUUUUCUUUUACCAAAGGAGGAGGCAUAUGUGGAAUUUUUGCGCAUUAAAAGGAUUCCACUAGAAGAGAAAACAUGCUCCGAAGACGCGCUUGAUGUGGUUCCCCAUUUACGUGCUGCUGCAAAGAAGGAUCGUGAUGUCAUGGAAAAAGGACUAAGAGCAUUCGUUUCUUACAUCCGUGCUUACAAAGAGCAUCACUGCAAUUACAUUCUCAGAUGGAAAGACCUAGAGAUUGGAAAGUUAGGCAUGGGAUAUGGCUUAUUGCAGCUACCUUCAAUGUCAGAGGUAAAACAGAACUCACUUUCUACCGAUGGAUUUAUUGCUGCUGAAGAUAUAAACCUGGAGGAAAUCAAGUUCAAGGAUAAAUCUAGAGAGAAACAAAGAAAGAAAAACCUGCAAGUGAAGAAAGAUGUGCAGCAAGAACCAAAAACCCACAAGGCUAAAUCCACCGCAAAGAACACACCUGCUGUCAUGAAGAAGAAAACAGCCAAGCAGCGACGUGCUGCACAGUCAGCCGAGGACGACGAUGAACUUGCAAGAGAAUAUCGGCUUCUGAAAAAGCUUAAAAAGGGAGCUAUUAACGAAGCAGAAUAUGCCAAACUAACUGGAACAGAAGAAUUGCUUUGAUUGGGAGAAGUGGUUAAAUAUACAAGCAUCCUGACUGACUGCAGUACUACCGGAUAUCAUGCAGUGUCAAGGUGGUAUUUGGUGGCCGACUAUUUCUUGCAGAUGAGCCGCCUGCUUAUGUAGAUUUAGAAAGGCAAUAGGCUUGAAGAAGCGAAGAAGACGAGGUUGUUAUGAGGUUUUGAUCGUAAAUCUUUUCAUUUUGUCUUAUGGAUUAUGUUGUUGGAUCUGAACAGGGUUAUAAUUAUACAAAUAUUGAACACAAAAUGAUACAGGAGUGUGCUGACUUGAGGUGCAAAGGAUGCCUGCACAUGAGGAUGCAUUGGCCUUCUCUAAUUUCAAUUUCAUUUCUUGUUUUUAUGAUAUAUUUUAAAUUUUUUACCCAAAGAAAAGAUGAUCUUACAAGGUUGAUUUGGUUUUUUUAGUUGCUUAUUCCCAGGUUCCCUCCAGAUUAAUCCCAAUGGCAAAUUGCGAUUGUAUGUUUUGUCCACAACCCUGAGGUCUCUCAGUGGCCACAAGUACUGUGUAUGUGUACGUAUAUGAUAGGAUAGGAGACGCUGCAAGUAUUAUAAAACUUGCACAAUAUGGAUUUGCCAAAUGUAGAACUUCAUUUUGUUUUUCUUUCUAAA